CCGCCCCCCCCAGCUCUCUUGAGUUGCCCAUAAAUCCACCCGCAUAAAAUGUCUCCUCAAAAACAAAAUCAAGCGCGCAUCCACUCAUCAAUCAUCAAGAAAUAAAAAUAAAACCAAAUUCUCGUCCCCGUCUAAUUUUCCCUCUCUCUUCCCGUCCCUUUUUUUCCCUCUCUCUCCCUUCAAAACCCUACCUUCCGGCCUCCUCCUCCCUUCUCUCUCCUUCGCCAUGUCCGGGGUCGAGGGCUCCAGCCUCCAGCCAGCCGAGCUCCGGCUGCCGUCGCCCCACCAACGAGCGCCCCAGAUCCUCCGCCCCGCCGCCCACCGCCACUUCCCCUUCUCCCCCGCACCCAGGCCCUCCUCUCCCACCCCCGGCCUUGAUCCCCACGCCCUCCCCUGUCGAUCGCUCGGACCCGCCGACAAGGACCGGAUCGCCGACGUAAAAAAACAAACAAAUGGAACAGAAAUAGACAAAGUUGAAAGUGGUGAAGGGGCCGUUGGACAAGGGCAGAAGGAGGAAACUGGCUCUCUUAUACUUCCAACUGAGUCAGCAACAGGUGCUAAGCGUCCAAGAAAACCAAAGCCCUCAAAACAGAAAAAAACAGUGCAGCAGCAGGUUCUUGGAGCAGCUGAAGGUAACCUUUCUAAUAUUUUAAACACUAGCAGCUGCCGCUAUGACAGUUCUUUAGGUUUGUUGACAAAGAAAUUCAUCAGUCUGCUUCAGCGAGCUGAUGAUGGGACUCUUGAUUUGAACAGAGCAGCAGAAAUUUUGGAUGUCCAAAAGAGGAGGAUUUAUGACAUAACAAAUGUUCUUGAAGGAGUAGGGUUGAUUGAAAAAACACUGAAGAAUAGGAUACGUUGGAAGGGAAUUGAUAUGUCAAGGCCCAAGGAGCUGGAUGAUCAAAUUACUGCUUUCAAGGCUGAAGUUGAAACUCUGUAUGCAGAAGAUUGCAGGCUGGAUGGAAUGAUUAGGGAGAUGCAAGAUAACCUCAGAAUUCUGACAGAAGAUGAGAACAAUCAAAAAUGGCUCUAUCUCACCAAUGAUGAUAUCAAUAGUCUUCCUUGCUUUGAGGAUUCUACUCUAAUUGCAAUAAGAGCACCUCAUGGAACUAGCAUCGAAGUCCCAAAUCCUGAUGAGGGUCUUGAUUUUCCACAAAGACGAUACCAAAUACUUUUCAGAAGCUCAAUGGGUCCCAUUGAUAUGUACUUGAUCAGCAAUCAUGGAGAGAUUUAUGAGGCUUCAAAUCAGAACCAACAGCCAGCUGCAAUGGAUCUGUGUGCUGAGACUAGCAGCAAGAAUGAUACGUCUUUUCAGCCGGCAGACCAAAAUACAGGUGGAACAUCUGAGAGAGGACACGACCAAGUCACUCAGAAUAACUCUUCAGGUUCAGUCACCUCACAAGAUUGCACAGGUGCCAUUUUGAAGAUUGCCCCAUCAGAUAAUGAUAUGGACGCUGAUUACUGGUUUCUAACAGAUCAUGGAGCCAGCAUCACAGAUACAUGGAGAACUGAAGGUAUCCUAGAAUUAAAGCCAAAUUACCCCUCCUGAUGUUCUUCCUGUAAAUGCAUGGGCUUUUAAUAAUAGAUCACUAAUAUAUGCACACAAGUACGUAGACUGACAUCCACCAUGCGGUAAGGCAAUUUUGCCGAGUUGUGAGGUUGGAAAAGCUUAAUCUUUCUACUUGAUUGCUGAAGCAACUAACUGCAUGUUUUUUUGUAUCAAAAAAAGAAGAAAAUAACUGCAUCUUUUUCACCUUUGUCAA